AGGUGCUCUCUGGCUCGAUCAUAAGGUGACCUUGAGCGACCCUUCAACGAGAUUGCGUGGCUGACUGUGACAACUGAUAUUCGCCGAACAAGUGUUCAUCAGUCUGCCGGCCAGCCAGUAGGCCUUCUCCAACGAGGGCUAUCAGUAGAAGGAAACGUUUGACUUCGCUGUUUGAAGGGCGGGCAAGUAAAGAAUAUUAUUAUAUGCAAGAUGCAAAAAUAAUUUGUUGUAAGAAGUUAAAACUUACUUUACUGCAUUGUAGGACCAUGUCUUCGGCUACCGUUGAGGUUGUUUCACGCAAAGCAAUUCUGGGAGAAGGGCCUCAUUGGGAUGAAGUUGAAAACGUUCUUUAUUUUGUUGAUAUCAAGGGGAAAGAAGUUAGAAGAUACGAUCCAUCAAGUAAAACAGAAACCGCUGUCAAAAUAGAUGAGGGCACCAUUUCCUUAGUUGUACCAGUUGAUGGUCAGAAAGACAAAUUCAUAAUUAGUGUUGGUCGUAAUAUUAGUAUUUUGACCUGGGAUGGGAAGAGUGAGAAGCCUAGUAAUUUGGAGACCAUUGCAGAAGUUGAUGAUGAAGAAGGGAAGAGAGAAAAUAGACUGAAUGAUGGAAAAGCUGAUCCUUCUGGUCGUCUCUGGGCAGGCACUAUGGGCUAUGAGUCGGGGCCUAAUAUGUUUACUCAAAAAAAUGGUGCCCUUUUCAGUUUAACAAAAAGCAGAACAAUAUCUAAGCACAUUUCUGGUAUCACAUGCAGCAAUGGCCUGGCAUGGACACAAGAUAAUAAAAUAAUGUAUUACAUAGAUUCUCUUACAUACAAGGUUGAGGCUUAUGAUUUUGAUAUUGAGAAAGGAAUACCAACCAACAGACGAACAGCGUUUGACUUCAAAGCAAAUAGCAUUGAAGGUUUACCAGAUGGCAUGACAAUUGAUUCCAAUGGAAAGCUUUGGGUUGCUUGUUUUGAUGGACAUCAGGUGAUACAAGUUGAUCCUGAAAAUGGGAAGUUGCUUCAGAGAUUUCCUCUUCCAUCUCCAAAAAUUACAUCUGUAGUGUUUGGAGGUCCCAAUUUGGAUGAAUUAUAUGUAACAUCUGCUUCCAUAGAUUUGUCUCCUGAAGAAUUAGCAAAAUACCCUACAGCAGGAUGUACCUACCACAUUAAAGGGAUAAACGCCAAGGGUCUUCCAAUGAAUCGUGUUAAAAUGUAAUGUGAUAAUUCAAGUGAGAUUAUUACUUUUCUAUACAUUUGUAUUGAAUCAUCCUUAUGUUGUAUAUGAAUAUUUGAUGAAUUUGUACUACUUACAUUUUAAUGUACUUCUAUUGUAAAUUCAGUUUUGGGAGGUUGUGAAGGAUCAGUGAGUACUUAUCAUGCCUUUAGUUGAAUGAGUUGUCAGAAAUAGUGGUAAAUCCAGAGAGGAACUAAGUGGACCAUGUCAACAUUUUUGUAAUUUUACUCGAUCAUUUCAAAACAAUUAUCACACAUUGACUGCAUUACAUUCCAAGAUAAUAUACUGAUAAUGAAUGAGUACACAUUUUAAAUUUCAAUUUUAAAAAAAGGUGUUCAUUUUUUUACUAAUAAAUGAACUAUGGCUAUUAUUCAUGUCACAGCACAUACAUUGACGCCUCUUGUCAGUGUUUCAAGGUUUGGAAAAGUCUUCUCUAUUAGUACUAUUUUUCAAAUGUAAACAAAGCAAUACUGUGUAUUGUCUUGCAUAAGAAAGACUGAAUAAAUAUGUUUUCAUUACUUCUUUGCUUUCACUUUCGUUGAUGUGUGCAUUUUUUCACUUCACUCCAAGAAGUAUGGUAGGCUUUUGUCCAGUUUCCCUGAUCCUCGAGCAAAUGCGGAAUUGGACCCUUGUUUUGCUUCUGAACAUAAAUGUAACUUCAAAUUA